UCUCUUGGGUCGAACCCAACCAGCGGCUUCGGCGCUGUGAGUGAGCAUGCGCAGAGAGCGGGCGCGCGUGCGCAAUCACCCUGCCGCGUGGGUGGGCGGUGCAAGCUGCGCGGAGGGAGUCUGGCUAGGCGGAGCGGAAGUGCGGUCGCAGAGUAAAGGUGCCGCGCGCCUGGUGUCUGGGAUGUCGGGCCGGGCGCCGCGCAGGGACGAGGAGGAGGCCCGGCUGCGCCGCAAGGAGGAGCUGAACGGAAAGAUUAAAGAACAGAAAAUUGUAGUUGAUGAGCUUUCUAACUUGAAGAAGAACAGAAAAGUGUAUAGGCAGCAACCCAAUAGCAAUAUAUUCUUUCUUGCAGACAGAACAGAAACACUAUCUCAAUGCAAAAACAAACUAGAUGAGCUGAAGAAAGCACAUCAGGAGAUAGAAAAUUCAGAGAAGUCUAAAAUCAAGAAAUAGCUGCUUCAAAUUCUGUUUGGCAAUGUGCGGCAUUUGUUGUGUCAUCAGCUUGUCUAUUCAACAUACC